CUUUCUGUUCGCCGCCGUUCGGUUCGCUUGUUAAUAAAAUACCUGCAGAGGAGCUUGACCGAAAUCGGAUUAGGUGGACUGUGUGAUUGUGAUAACAGCGUGUCAGCGCAAUCGGAGACACAACCGAAAUGGAUAAAUUGUUGCGAUUCUUCAUCAAAUUUCACGGCUAUUGCAUUGCGGUGGCGACCAGUGUUCUGACAGUUUUGUUUACCUCCAUCUUCACCAGCCAUAUGCAACAAGCCAGUUGGGAAGAACUAUACGAUUUACGAUACACUGGCAUUCCGGCACUAGUCUUUGGCAUUGCAUGGAUGGUGGUUAAUUCUUUGCUAAUCAUUGGAAUAUACCAAGAAAGGAAAACGUUUCUUUACCCAUUCACGAUACUGUUUUUGUUCGAACUGCUUCUGGUCAUUUUACGAGACAUCUACUUGAUAGCGAACGAUUUUGCCUGGUACAAGUCGGUGUUUUUUAAUUUCAGUCUUCCGUUUCUUCUGUUCAUUAUCCCAUACGUGAUUUUCACCAUGCUGGCACUGAGGCGGUUGUUCGAUGUGGACCCAAUCACCCGGACGAACGAUAGCUUUGUGCGAUUCGAUCGAAACCCAUCGGCAGAUGCGGACAGACUCAACGGAGUGGUCGCUUUAGGUUGAAAAGUUCUUCGCAUUCUUUUUAUGCCAUUAACUGCCGUAUGUGUUGUCUGUGCAGCAGAUGCAGUGUUAGAAUUUGAUCCUAAGAAACGAUCAAACGAUCCACCCACAAACUUUGCUGUGAAAGGUUACUAGUCUACCACAAAUUUUAUUCUAUGUUAGAAAUAAA